UUAUAUUUUGCCUCAAAUCAACUACCGUGUUUUUUUUUUUUUUUUUUCCUCUCUCUCUUCAAAAUGUGGCUGUCAAGUUUUUGACUUAUAAUCUUUAUAUAUAUUUUUUUUUCAAAUGUUCUCUACAUUUUAAAAGGGGAAACAAAACACCUUUUUUUAUAUAUUAUUAUUAUUUUUUUUUAUUUCAAUAACCCUCAAAAUGUCGACCAGAACUCCAUUAUCUACAGUGAACGAGAAAGACAGCUCCCAGCACUCCUCCGCUCACACAGAGCCGGUGAAGUCGGCCCGCUCCGGCAUGCCACGCUGCCGGAACUCCGUUGCCACGACGGCGGACGAGCAGCCACACAUCGGCACCUACCGGCUGCUCAAGACCAUCGGCAAGGGCAACUUCGCCAAGGUGAAACUGGCACGCCACGUGCUGACCGGCAGAGAGGUUGCUGUUAAAAUAAUCGACAAAACACAACUGAAUGCCUCGAGUCUGCAAAAGGUAAGAGGAACAGAACGUUAUAUUAUACAGAUCAAGAAUUACAGUACGAUUAAGAGCAAAGGCACAAAAUACAAUGGCUUCAGUCCUAAUAAGAGCGAAUGCAACACACAGUGCGAUUUGAUAUCAGGGCAGUGCGAGAGCGGAGAGCAGUGGUGCGAGUUGCCUCAGGGUUAGAUAUGAUUGCAGGUGACAGACUGGGUUGAGUGCAGGGUUGAAUACAGUGAAGUGGGGAGCAGAUAAGUGCAAGGCAGGGUGCUGU